AUGGCCCAAACACGCGGCGCAACCGGCAACUCCAAGCCACGAGUCUUCGCGACCGUCUCCACCGAGCCAACGCGCAAGCGCAAGACUCCCGCCACCAGCACGACCGCAGGCACAAAGGCGAAGACCACCAAGAGCGCCACAGGUGCAGGCGUGACCAAGAAGCGCGCCGCAAACACAACCCACAAAAGGAAGCCCAGCGUCAAAGACAAGGUCGAGGGCGCGGUCGAAAAGAUCGAGGGGACAAUCGAAGGCAAGCCGGCCAAAAAAGCGGCGGGCACCAAGAAGAUGCGCGGCACGGACGGCAAGAAUAGCAGGACCGCGAAAGUCAAGACCGUGGAGGCUUAG